AAAUCCAACUAAAUUUGAUUAAAAAAUCUGAGACUCGUUUCCACUUAACGAUUGCAAAAAACUAAUUUGAGCCAUACUCCACGCUGCUUUGAAAUUCAAGAUUGAAAUGUUGAUGUCAUCACUGCCGAUUGUGAUCUGGCUGACACUCCUGGCCUCCACCCAGUCUUAUGCCGAGGAAUUGAAAUUGCUCCAGGUGGUUUUCCGACAUGGCGAUCGAACGCCAGUUUAUGCCAUGCGGAACAUAUACCCGCUGGAUCCGUACCUCAACGAGACUUGGUAUCCAAACGGUUGGGACAGCCUAAGCAAGAAUGGAAAAACACGGGCUCACGAACUUGGUUUAUUUUUACGCGAGAGGUACGGGAGCUUUCUUGGUGACGUUUACUUGAAGGAUAAAUUUGUGUUUCAUAGCAGCAAUGCGCACAGGACAAUCCUAACGACCCAGCUCGUAGCUGCCGGACUUUUCCCCCCGACAGAAGUUGAGAGGUGGCAUCCGACUCUUGACUGGCAACCGAUACCCGUUUAUUCGGACCCCGUAACGUCAGACUUUCUCUUCACGUACUCCAUGGAUUGCCCCCUGUUCGUGAGACUGCGACGCGAGCUGGAAGAAACUGACGAACAAUUGGUCCGUCGUGCCAAGGUGUUGACUGGAACUUUUGACUUCAUAAGUCGUAACGUUGGAGCCCAAGUUGCACAGAAAGAAAUCGCGCUCAUUUACCAUAACUUGUACUCAGAGUCCCAGGAAAACAAGGUAUUACCCCAAUGGACUAACGGAAUAUUUCCCGAAGGAAAAAUGAAGGACAUUGCGGCGUAUGAGUACGUCAUCCAAAACUAUAACAAAUCGCUCGUUCAACUGGGAACAGGUCGUAUCAUCGGAGAGUGGAUGAAGAAUAUUGACAAUUUUUUGAACAGUACUGAGAGUGGUAAUCCGAAGGCGUUUUUCUACGGAGCACAUGAGGGUAACAUUGGGGGUCUUCUUGCUACACUCGGAGUAUUCGAAUCGCACAUUCCAUUCUACUGUAGCGCAAUUAUCGUCGAGUUUUCCAAAGUCAACAAUGAAUAUUACGUCAAGUUCUUGUACAGAAACAACGGCGUUCUUCGGGAGUUGUUGGUUCCAGGAUGCAUCAGUGUUAAUUGCUCGCUGAAAACAUUCCGUGGAUUGGUUGCUGAUUUCAUUAGUACUGGAGAUCCUGUCGCCCAAUGCAGAGGAACUACGGUUCUUUGAUG